AUUGGUCACUGCCUUCCAUAAAACAUAUAUAUGAAUCCCCAUGCCACUUUGAUCAGAACCUUACUUUUGGGCUAAAGAUUCCGGCCAAAGAUUCUUUCUUUUCUGGCCAAACAUGGAAUCAGGAUCAUGGAGGUUUCUUUUGUCUGUUGUGCCAUUGAUUCUAUAUGUUUUCUUUGCUAUCUAUACCAAUAACGUCCAUACUUCUUCAAAGCCUGCAAUUAGGGGAUGCAGCCUUCUUCCUCAUGAUCAUUACUGGAUCGCUAGCAAACGCAUUGUGACACCACAUGAGAUAAUUUUCGGUGCAGUUGAGAUCAAUAGUGGAGUCAUCGUAUCCGUGAUUAAAGAAAAGGAUAUGCCAGGAAAAGUCAAGAAUGUACCAUUAAUUGAUUAUGGAGAAGCUGUUGUGAUGCCUGGUUUAAUUGAUGUGCAUGCGCAUCUUGAUGAUCCUGGAAGGACGGAAUGGGAAGGAUUUCCUUCAGGAACAAAAGCUGCUGCUGCCGGCGGGAUAACAACGUUGAUAGAUAUGCCUCUUAAUAGUUUUCCAUCUACCGUUUCUGAGGAGACCUUACAACUCAAGAUAGAAGCUGCAAAGGGGAGUAUAUAUGUUAACGUUGGGUUUUGGGGAGGUCUAGUGCCUGAAAAUGCAUUUAAUGCAAGUAUUCUGGAAAAUCUCCUAAAUGCGGGUGCUCUUGGUCUCAAGUCUUUCAUGUGUCCUUCAGGAAUUAAUGACUUUCCUAUGACAGAUGCCAGCCAUAUCAAGGAAGGAUUAUCGGUGCUGGCCAAGUACAAGAGACCUUUGCUUGUCCAUGCCGAAAAACAACAAGAAGUGGAACUGAAAGAUGGCUCUGAUGAUCCUCGGUUAUAUUCUACCUAUCUCAAAACCAGGCCCGCCUCAAUGGAAGAGACGGCCAUUAGAGAGUUGCUAACGAUAUCAAAAGACACUAAAAUUGGUGGCGUGGCUGAAGGAGCCCAUCUUCACGUUGUUCAUCUCUCGGAUUCAAGAUCUUCCUUAGAAUUGAUCAAGGAAGCAAAAGUUAAUGGUGACAGCAUAACUGUCGAAACUUGUCCACAUUAUCUAGCCUUUUCUGCAGAAGCGAUCCCAGAUGGCGAUACUCGUUUCAAGUGUGCACCACCCAUCCGUGAUGCACCAAACAAAGAAAAACUUUGGGAGGCCUUGAUGGACGGCGAUAUCGACAUGUUAAGCUCAGAUCAUUCACCAUCUGCACCGGAGCUCAAACUAUUUGCUGAAGGUGACUUUUUGAGGGCAUGGGGAGGCAUAUCUUCAUUGCAGUUUGUUCUUCCUGUGACAUGGUCAUAUGGGCUUAAAUAUGGUGUUACUUUGGAGAAAUUAGUUUCUUGGUGGAGCGAGAAGCCUGCUAAACUUGCUGGCCAAGAUCUAAAGGGAGCUAUUGAAAGUGGAAAGCAUGCAGAUAUUGCUGUUUGGGAACCUGAAGAAGAGUUUGACCUUGACGAAAACCAUUCCGUACACGUUAAACAUCCUAGCAUAUCUGCAUACAUGGGUUCAAGACUUGCUGGAAAAGUUUUAGCAACUUUUGUGAACGGAAACUUAGUUUUUGAGGAUGGAAAACACGCACCUGGUGCAUGUGGUACCACUAUACUAGCAUGAUAAACGAUGAAACUAAACAACAUAUCGUCACCAGCUGGUCACUAUCUUUCAACCAAUCUAGCUCUUCAUAGUGAUAUUUCCUAGCGGAUCAUGCUGCAUAUCCAUCUGUGGUCCUUUCCCACGAACAUAUUCAGCUUCUGCAGUUGUACUACAGGAAAAAGUCAGACUCUGUAAUAUAGAUAGUGUGCUACGAAGUUUACUCAUUCAUAUGUAUGUAUAUGUUAUGGCUGAUUCAAAAAUGUUACUUCCCUCGCGAAAAAAUAGCAAACAUAUAAAUCUGGAACUAUUUAGAAACACUAAAUAAAAAAAAUUCAUUAACGGAUUCUAUGAUAAA